UAAUAAGUACAUUUUAUUCGUGUCGAGAUAAAUCGUUUUGUCAACCGAAUACCAGAUAACCGGGUUAGGUUACCCGGUUACCGUUACCAGGUACCCACCACACACGUGAUUUGCGCACAAGCGUUGUGUGUAAUUUUCGUGGUUUUCAAUUAGAUUUGGCUUCAAGUUCGCACUAGGCACUUUGCGACCAAUACAAAAAUAACCAUUACGGGAUCAGUGGACGUUCAUAGCUGUUGGCACGCGUUCAAUACUCCGGUGCACAUUGCGUUGUUGACAUUUCAUAUCCAGCAGUCGAACUGUAGCCGCUGCUAUACACGCCUUGCCUUGAUGAUAAUAAUAUGCAACCGUGAGCAUGACGUCGUCGUAUCGAAGCUCCAGACCGCCAUGGAGGUCCCCGAGCCAGAGCUAUCCGUCGACAGCGGAACGCCCUUCUUCCACGUCAUCGUCUUCGUCGGGCACCAACCCGAGUCGUUUCCUAAGCGGCAGUUCGUACCGUGCCUUGACCGGAAAUUCGGCACUACCGACCCGUACUUACGGCGAUUCCGGUUCCGUCACAGCACUUAAGGACAAAUUUUCCACCAUGGCCAGAGACAAAGCGGUGUUGGCCGACAAACGGAUGCGGAUAGCCGCGUCCGGCUUUGGCCAGAAACCGUCGUCGUUGAAACCGGGCACGACCAGCGGCCGGUACGGGUCGUCGCCGGCCAGGAGUCCGGUCAAGGAGCACCCUGUGACAGUGUUCGGGGUGUGUAACGUGCCGGAAAUCCCCACCGAGAACCCCGCCGACGUCUUGGUAUCCGUGGUAACGCGGGGCACGUCUCCUACGCCGCCGGCUCACAGUACGUUCCUUCGGAGCAAGCACGCCGGCCAACAAGAGGUCACCAUGUCGAUGGUACCGCGCAAAUUCCAACGGGGCACGGUACACGUUAACUUGCAGACUGACGAGAAAUUCCUAAGGAGUAUGCCCAGUGUAAGAAUGUCGUCGAUACCCGUCGCCGGUACUAGGUACAAAGGCAACAGGCCCGGAUAUAAUUCCGGUUCGACCAGUGAAAAUUCAGGUCAAGACCAGGAUUCGCAUUUUUCAGACUCUUCCAACCAGAGCAAGUGUCGUUCGAGCGGGGCUGAUUCGUCGAAACUACCUCAACCCAAUAGGACUAGGAAAAGGUCAUCGGAAAAAAGUCGCGAGGAGCUGUCCAUCAGUCGUUCCCCGUCGGUUUCGAGUACGGCCGAAGAAAAACCCCCGUCCGGUCGGAAAGCGGAAGAACCUAAAUUAGUCACCGUUAGGAGUAUUGCACCGGUCACGGGUGUAGCGGUUAUCUCGGAAACGCCAAGACCGCAGUAUCCGAUAAAGAAACCCACGGACUGUUCGGAUCAAACUUCUUGGUGGUUGCAAGAUUUGAGUAAUAAAGAAAGCGUCAACAACAAACAACAACAGUCGUCCGUGGACAGUAAUGGCUAUAGCAGGGAACAUAGUUCGGACAGUUCGUACUCGAGUAAAAUUCCUACUUAUAACAUCAGAAAAAUGGACUCGUCCGACAGACACCAAUGGUUAAAAGAGGCGACUGAGCCCGCGGUAAACCACGAAGACGCGCUGUCGUAUCCGGAGAGUACGUCGUGCUCGGAAUCGCUGAAAAGUAAUUCUACCUCGAGCAGAAAUCCUUCGUACGGUCUAAGAAAAAUGGAUUCUUCCGACAGAAAUCAAUGGUUAUUAGAUGCGGUCCAACACGACCCUUCGUUGUCGCACAGUGACAGUAUGUCCAGAAGCCCGACAAAUGGUUUCAGGCGCAUUGACAAUGCCGAUGAAAAACAAUGGCUGAACGAGGUGGAAAGACAAGAAGCCAUUCUACAAAAUUCUCUAUUGUAUGGAGACAAAUCGGAUGCCAGUACUUUAUCAGUGAAAAGUCCCGCGCACAAAGUCAGGAAGAUGGAUUCGUUCGAAGCUCCGUGGUGGUUGAACGAUGAGAAAAAUACUACUGACGAGUCGAAGCCAGGUGACCAGAAUGUGUCUUAUGGAGUGAGAAAAAUGGAUUCGUUUGACAGUCCUUGGUGGCUGUCUGCAGACGAAUGCCAACAAGCAAACUCUGCCAGCGAUAAUUCGCUGGACAAACCCAACUCGCACCGCGGUAAUGCUAAUCAGUGGAGUCUAAACAACGGGUUCGGGCCUCAAGAACACCAUACCAAGCAAAAUGGAAAUCUAUACUCGGACGAAACCGACAAUUGUCUGGACGUAAGACGUUUGUAUGCGUGGCAUAACGACGACCCGUCGUCGAUUAAGACAUCAGACUUUACCGAGCCGCAGUGGUGGGCAGACAACUACCAAAACACCGAUACAAGCGUGUCUACCGACAGUCCUGGAUGCAAAAAAAACCCAAUGACAGCAGCGUGUAGUCCACCAUUAGCACCGGUCAGAGGUGUCAGAAAAAUGGACUCGUACGAAAGCCCGUCGUGGUUGGCCAGCGAAGAGUCAGAAUCGCCAAGUCAUGAACCGAAAUACACCACGACAAGUACGGGAGACGCUUUGAGUUGUGGUUCGAAACAAAAUAACGAAUCGGUCGACAGUAGUCCAGAUUGGUGGGGCGAACAAAACGACAGCGACGACGAUUUCGUCCGGGUGAAAAGGACGUCCAUAAGAAUAAAAAAAAUCGAAAGUGUCGAUAGUGUCAAAGAAGAAGAACCCGCGGAAGACAGGCCUGCCAGCGGGGCGAAGGAACCGAACUUGCAAGACGAACUGGACCAGUUAAUGUUGUUCAUCGGCGGCUGUAGAAACAUAGAUGAGAUAUUGGGAAACGAAGAACCACCGCCUGCAGCCCCGACAACUCCGCCGGACAGCGAUUCGGACGACUGUGUAGAAAUUGGAGUCGAUCAAGUUCACAUUCACGACAGCCGAGCACAAACUUCGACCAUACAAAACAAACUCUGUACGUUGGACGACGCCGCCCUGCAGCUCUACAAAGACGGCGACUUCGGUUCCUAUCUGGACAUGGAAGCGUCCAUAACCGAACAACCGGAAGAGUUCGAGGGAUUUCAAAACGACAAGAGGAACUCGAUAGUUUUGCGCACGCAGUUGUCAGUCAAAGUACACACUAUAAUAGACAAACUGAUGAACUCCGAAGGCAAAGAGCUCAGGAGAUGUUUGUUCGCGCUCAAGCACAUAUUCCAGGAGGACAAAGAUUUGGUGCACGAGUUCAUCCAGAACGACGGUCUAAGGUGCCUGAUCAAGUUGGGAUCAGACGUCGACCAGAACUAUCAGAAUUACAUACUUCGAGCCCUGGGUCAAGUAAUGCUGUACGUGGACGGUAUGAACGGCGUGAUCGAAGACAACCCCACGAUCCAGUGGCUGUACUCCCUCCUAACGUCCAGGUUCCGGUUGGUGGUGAAGACCGCGUUGAAACUCUUACUAGUCUUUAUCGAAUACGUCGAAUCAAACUGCUUGAUCUUCAUACAGGCCGUGCAAGCCGUUCACCAAGCUAAUGGCACUCCCCUAUGGAGUAACGUCAUGAAACUGCUUACCGAACCCGACAUGGUCGACACCGAACUUUUGGUGUACGCAAUGACUCUGAUCAAUAAGACGCUGAACGGUAUACCCGACCAAGACACGUACUACGAUCAAGUGGACGCCAUCGAAGAACAAGGCAUCGAACAAGUCAUUCAAAAGUACAUGUCGAAACCGGGCACCGAGCUGGAUUUGCUAAGACAACUUCAAAUAUACGAAGUCGUCCUGCAACACGAAGACGGCGACAACAAGUCCACGCCGAUAAGAGUAGAUCAUUCGAUCAGAAAAACAUUGAGAAAUCGAAAGUCUCUGACUUCGGCGUUGGACACGGUGGAAAGAAGAAAAUCCAGAAGACACUCUGCCGGCAACGCGUGCAUUCAAAUGCCUUUGCUCAUGGAGAGACUCGAGAUAAACCCACCUCCGCCCAAACCGAAUAAAUUGCCCCAUCCAGGUGAGGAUGCCGGGGUGACUCCUGGCUUAAAACGGAGGAGGGAACGUGCUCAAAGACAACGGAGCAUGCUGAGAGAGCAAUAUAAAAAUAACAUAACCCGACCCGACUGGUCGAGCACGGACGACCAAGGUGAGAGUUCCGAAGGACAACAAAACGGACUGCACUCGUUGAAUUUGUCGUUUUGCAACGGCGACUCGCAAGUGCAAAGGGAGAACUCGGUGAAGGACUUAACUCAGAAAUUGACGAGCCUCCGGAGUCCGGACGAAUCGCCCACAAAACUUGCACCCGCGCUUGGCGACAUGAAAGGAAUAAUAUCGAAAGCGAUGGAAGGGCUCGCCAAGUCUCAGUCGAAAAACGAAGUGGUAAAAAGUCCUACGUCGGAUUCGCCGGCCGACGUGCUGUCCCGAAAGACUGAGACCGACCUGCAUUGGGAAAAACUAGUAAGCGAGUGCAACCGGUCACUGCAACUGUGCGAUUUGGACUUUUCUAUACUUCAUUCCGACGACGACUCGGACAUAUUCGCAUCUUCCUCGUUGCUGGGCGGCGUCCCUCCUCCUCCGCCGCCUUGUCCUAUGCUACCGCCUAUGCAACAGCACGUAGUUAAGAAAACCAAAAAGACUGUCAAACUGUUUUGGAAGGAAGUUCGAGACGACCCCGUUGCCAGAAUGAAAUUGAACUCCGAACGUUUGUUAUGGGAAGAACUGAGCCCGGUAGAAGUUGAUACUCAUAAACUUGAACAUUUAUUUGAAUCUCGAGCAAAAGACUUUAUUACCAAGAAACAACAAGAAAUGAAUAAAACGAAAGAAGUAAUCGUAUUGGAUCCGAAGCGGUCGAACGCGAUAAACAUAGGCAUGACGAAACUUCCUCCUCCCAGGUCCAUCAAAGCGGCCAUAUUGAAAAUGGAUCCGACAGUCAUAAAUAGGGAGGGCAUAGAGAAACUCAUGACCAUGCUUCCGACCGAGGAAGAACGCACUAAAAUCCAAGAGGCGCAAUCGGCGUGUCCGGAUCUUCCUCUCGGUAGCGCCGAACAGUUCCUACUGACACUGGCUUCCGUAUCCGAGUUGCCGGCCCGGUUGAAAUUGUGGGCUUUCAAGUUGGACUACGACAACGUGGAAAAGGAAAUCGCCGAACCCCUUAUGGACCUGAUGCAGGGGAUAAACAUACUGAAAACGAACCGCACGUUCAAGGCGAUACUGGGCACGUUGCUGUCGGUGGGAAUAUUCCUGAACGGGGCCGAAGUCAAAGGGUUCCAGAUCGAGUAUCUGGCCAAGGUGCCCGAGGUCAAAGACACCGUGCACAAGCAUUCGCUGCUCCACCAUUUGUGCCAUAUCGUCAUGGACAAGUUUCCCGAUUCCACGGACUUGUACUCGGAGAUCGGGGCCAUCACGCGCGCGUCCAGAGUGGAUUUUUGCGAAAUUUCCUCAACCCUGUCGAAAGUCGAACAGGAAUGCCGAGCUUCGUUUGAUCAUCUGAAAACGAUCAGCAAACACGAUGGCGCGUCUGCCAUUAAGACCAAGAUGUCGGAAUUCCUAGCCGAUUGCGCCGAACGCAUCGUAGUGCUCGGCAAGGUGCACCGGCGGGUCAUGAACCGUUUCCAUAGGUUUUGCCUUUGGCUCGGCAUACCUUUGCCCAAGGUGCAGUUCACCAAACCCAACGAGAUGUGCCGCAUCGUUUCCGAGUUCGCCCUGGAGUACCGCACGACCCGGGAGCGUGUCAUCCAGCAGCUGCACAAGAAAGCUAGUCACCGCGAGCGCAACAAGACCCGGGGCAAGAUGAUCACCGAGGUCGGCAAUAAGAUCAACAACAACAGCCAAGACGCCGCCGACACGGAACUCCGGCAGCUGUUGGACAAGGAUCCCUCGCACAGAGUGUACUCCUGGAAUAGGAAUCAAGGCCGGCACUCGAUCGCCAACACGAACGGUGUUCACACGAACAACGACGACGACGAAUUAAUCGAAAGCCUAGUGAAAACCGUCACUGCCACGCCGGCAGCCAACCCGAGGACGACUCAAAGAGAACGCAAAAGGACUAAGGACGCCCACAGAAAGUCAUUGAUCAAAAGGUCUCGAACUAGGGACGCUAUAACGAGGCAAAGUAGCAGUCAUUCUCGUAACUCGAUGUCGUAGUUUUGUGAGGCGAACGUUGCGGAACGGAUUGAGCGACGAGGACAAAAAGCACUUGGCAUCUUUCAUAAAAGGCUACUGAACUGUGAUAUAGAAUUGACACCGAAUUUUACGACUGAUAAUAUAUUAGACGUUUCUUAAUUAUUUUCUAUUAUAGAUGUAUAUGUACACAUUUAUAUGUAUAAAAAACAUUUUUCACUUUUUUUUUUUUACGGUUUAAACACAACCGUUUUCAAGUACGUCCCGUUUCGAGAGAUUUUACUUCUUCCACAAACGUUCUCACAUUGUUUUGUUUUUUUUUUCGUUCAAUUAUUAUCUAACAGAAACUAAAGAUGCAAAAAAUUAAAAAAAUGAUGAUCGUGUUGCACGUUAACGCGUUUAUUGAAUGAUUAAUUGAUUAUAUAUGUGAUGUUUUGAUGAAAGUACCUAUGAAAUAUACAAAUGUAAUAAUUA